UUGUAGAAAGCAAACUCCUUGUCAAACUGCAGACAUUCCGGGCCAGGUGUUUUCUAGAGGAGGGGUGGGGACCAGCCUAGCAAGGAGGGACUGGAUAAGAGCCAGGAUUCCAAUGUCCCCUGAGCUUUGAACAGGGUUGGGUAAGCUGUACGUGAAGAAUCAGAGAUUCGGAGUUUAUGAAGGAGAAGACAGUGUGGUCUGAUAAACUGGGAAGAAAGGGGAAACAGGAUCCCCCCUGAUCCGCCUGUCCACUCCUCUACCCCUGCAUCUAGUCCCAGAUGGAAAUUAGCCAAUAUCUGCAUCGGAUCGGGUAUGAGGGCCCUGCCCAGCCCUCUCUGGAGACCUUGCACUGCCUUCACUGCCGCCACCUCCUCUCUGUGCCUUUCGAGAGCCUCAGCAUCCACUGUGGGGAGCCCAUCGCCCUGAAGUUACCCCUCCUCUACGACAAGAUUGUCCGGCGUCACCGAGGAGGCUUCUGUUUCGAACUGAAUGGCCUUUUCCUGUGGCUACUGCAGGUGUUAGGUUUCAAUGCCAAAGCUGUGGCCGGGCGUGUCCGGAACCGCUUCACCGGGCACUACGGGCCCCCACUGGACCACAUGGUGAUUUUGGUGGAGUUGGAUAGGCACCACUUUCUCUGUGAUGUUGGCUUUGGUGAAGGCUUCCUGGAGCCACUGGAGUUGAAGUCAGAGGUGGAGCAGGUCCAAAGAAAUGGUAUUUUCUGGCUGGGACUUAAAGAGGACACUUGGGUGUUGGAGCGGCGGGAACUUUCCGGAAGGGAGGGAAGGCCCCUGUAUCAAUUCACUCUAGAGGAGAAGAAACUGGAAGAUUUUACUGGCAUGUGCCUCUAUCACCAAACCUCCCCCAGCUCCAUCUUCACCUGCAAGUCUUUCUGUUCCCUGCACAAGGAAGAUGGCGGGCGUCUCACCUACAUGGGUUGGCGACUCAUUUCCACGAUGGGAGAGAAGCGUACAGAGACCAUCUUGCAGGGUCACCAGAUCCCAGCAGUACUCCGUGAGAAAUUCGGGACUCAGUUGAGUGGGAAUUUCAAGCCAAAGGAUGAAGCAAUCCCUCCACCUCCACAGGAAGAUUAAAAAAGGGAGCCACAAUAAUCAGCUAAACAGUGAACUGGUUCAUACAAUCAUUUGAAUCUAGAUUUAAUGUGGGUCAUAUAUCGCCUUGGUAUGGGCUCAUUCAAUCCUGCUGAUGUCCCUAGCCCUUGUUAAACCUAGAUUCAUAUUGGAAGCAAAUUCACAAGAAAAUGGAACAAAUUUUAGAUAUUAAAUUUCCUUUUUUACCAGAAAUCUUUCUUUUAAGUAUGACCAAACCUUAUAUUUCUUCUGAAUGUAAUGAACUGUCUUUAUAUAUGAUUACUGCAGCCAGGAUUUUAUAUGCUCAUAAUUGGCAUGUUUCUGAAGUCCCCUCUUUAAAUGAUUGGUUCUUGAAAUUAUGGGAUUAUGCCUCAAAAUUUCCAAAGAUUCAUGUUAUAUGAGUGAAUUCUCAACUGACUUAUUUAUGUCAACUUGGGAUCCCUUUAUAAACUUUAAUAUCCGACAAGGACAUCAUUUUUUCCUUUUGUCCGGAUUUGAUUUGUGAAGCUUUAUGUAUCCAGCUUUAUGCAACCAAGUGUUGAUCAGGCAUAAUCAAAUGUUGAUCAUUGCUGCCGAACUUUCUUAGAACUGUUAAUAUAUUUAGAAUGUUUUCUUUUUAGUACUUGCUUAAAGAAAUAAUAUGAUACUGUGUUGUUUUUCUUCUGCUUUAUGUUUCAAUAAAAUUGAUUUUAAAAAAACAAAC